ACACCAGCCGCGCCGCGCCGCUGUCUUCUCUCCCCGCAAGCUAUCAUUUUACUACUUACUGUAUUUCCCGCGCCAUCAUGAUCGUGUCGACGGCCCAGGCUUUGUUUGGUUUAAUCCAUCCACCUUCUACUAGUAGUGGAUGCCUAACCUAUCAUCAGCCUCACUCGAGAAUCCAUCAAAAUAUUACCGAGACCUUAUUAGAAACACGUGGUCUGCUCUGGUUUCUGCGAAACUGAUGGCCGAGCAACUUGCAGAGGCACUGCAGGUGCAGCUCCUCCCGUCCCGUCAUCAUCUUUUGGAAUUCGCCAUCAACAUCGGCAUGUCACCACCAACAUCAAGUUGUUACCACGGACACCAACCCACCUCACCUGCAAUCAACAAUCAUAUCCAUAUCAUCCUACUGGCUACUGCCAUUGACCAUCGCAAUACGUCGCGCUAGCUAGCUGUGGCGUGCAGCAUCGAGCGACGCGAGCUCCUCCGUGCCAAGCUGCCAAGUUUGUCUUUUCACUCCAGCUCACACACAUCCUUCCUCCCUUCCCUUCGCCCGCGCCGCGCCAUGCACGUCCCCGUCACUGCCCUGCUAGCGGCAGUGCUGCUCGCGUCGUCGGCCGCCGCGCAGCCGUGGCCGAGCUGCGACGGCGCCAGCGGCAACUAUUCGGCCGGCAGCGCCUACGGCAACAACACGCAGCAGCUCAUCCUGGACCUGCAGACGAACGCGUCCACCUCGCCCGCCUACUUCGCGUCGGGCUCCGUCGGCACCGCCGCCGCCGUCGUCGUCUACGGGCUCAUGAUCUGCCGCGGCGACGUGAGCACCAACGACUGCUUCGACUGCGGCACCCGCGCGUGGCAGGACGUGCAGCCGCUCUGCAACCGCACCCGGGACGCCGCGCUCGUCUACAACCAGUGCUACGUCCGGAUCUCCCCCACGAACUUCCUCGCCUCGCCCAACAAUACCGGCCUGGUGCCCGUCGUCGGCGGCGACACCAUCCCCCUCGGCGUCGACGUCGCGGCCUACGACGCCGCGCUCAGGCGGCUGCUCAACGCCACCGCGCAGUACGCCGUCGACAACUCCGUUCCGGCGUCGCCGAGGCUCUACUUCGCGGCGGGGCAGCUCGUGGGGCUCGACCCGCGGGUCCCCAACAUCUGGUCCCUGGCGCAGUGCGCGGGGGACCUGUCGCCGGCGGAGUGCCGGCGGUGCCUGGAUGACCUGAUGGCGCUGUGGUGGAACGGGAGUGGGUUCAAGCCCGACGGGGCAAGCGCGAGUUUCGCCGGGUCGCGGUGCAACCUCAAGUCUGACCUUGGGGACAAGUUCUACACCAGCAGCCCGAUGGUGAAGCUGCAGAUGAACGGCGAAGUGGUCGUUCCAGCGCCGGCGCCUUCCACGGCAGGUAAAAAUAAUUCAACUGGCAGGCUUCUUGGAAUCAUAUUGCCAAUAGUGUUUAUUGUUGUAGUAACUGCCAUAGUCCUCUAUGUUUGUAAAAAGAGAAGAUCUCGAGGAACAAAGCUACCCCACGGAAUUGAGGACUUCGGAAGCAUCAAGUCAACAUUAUUAUCACUGUCAUCACUACAAGUUGCAACAAAUAACUUUGAUGAAAGCUAUAGACUUGGUGAAGGGGGAUUCGGUGUAGUUUAUAAGGGAGACCUUUCUGGACAAGAAGUGGCUGUGAAGAGGAUGUCAAAGGGUUCAGGGCAGGGGCUAGAAGAACUAAAAAACGAGCUAGUUCUAGUGGCCAAACUUCAUCACAAGAAUCUCGUUCGCUUAGAAGGUUUUUGCUUAGAAGAGGGGGAAAGAUUGCUUGUGUAUGAGUACAUGCCCAACAAAAGCCUCGAUACUAUUCUUUUUGACCCCGAGGAAAAAAUACAGCUAGAUUGGUGGAAAAGGUUCAACAUAAUAGAAGGGGUUGCUAGAGGACUACAAUAUCUCCAUGAGGAAUCUCAAAAGAAGAUAAUCCAUCGUGACCUAAAAGCGAGCAAUGUUUUGUUGGAUGCCGACAUGAAUCCUAAGAUUGGAGACUUUGGCCUAGCUAGGCUCUUUGGGCAAGAUCAGACUAGAGAUGUCACAAAACACAUUGUUGGGACAUUUGGCUACAUGUCUCCUGAGUACGUGAUGCGUGGACAGUUUUCCACAAAAUCAGACGUGUUUAGUUUCGGGAUCCUUGUUAUAGAGAUCAUAACAGGGCGGAGAAAUACAGGGCAUUACUUCUAUGAUGAGCAAAAUGAAGAUAUUAUAAGCCUUGUAUGGAGGCACUGGACAGAGGGAACAAUUGCAGAGAUGAUAGAUGAUUCUCUGGGGAGAAAUUACUCAGAGACCGAGGUGCUUAAAUGUGUUAACAUUGGUUUGUUGUGCCUUCAGCAGAGUCCCACAGACCGACCUACGAUGUCUGAUGUCAUGGUGAUGCUCAGUGGUGAUGAUACUAGUUCUAUACCGCCUGCUGCGAAACCCACAUUUUUCUUGGAUAGAAGCACAGGUUACUCCUAUAAUUCAUGUACUAUUACGCAUCUGUCUGCAAGAUAGCAGUGGCAUUUGUGGAUAGUUGCCCACUGUUACUUGUUUGCUUCUUGAUGUAUAUAUAGUAGUUCAGAUCAUAGUUCAAUUCAUCACAAAGUGUGAUUUGUAGUUACCAAUUGUAAUUGUGGUUACUAAAAAGUUUGGCCAUUCUAGCACCAAUCUCAUACAGACUUUUCUCA